GGGAGGAUGGAGAGAUGUGUGGAUCACGACCACGGGAGGCUGUGAAUCUGACAUUACACCUCGCCAACUGACGCUCUUCCUCGUAUGAGCACUAACCCAGCUGCUGCUCUGGACACACAGACCCAGCACCGUCUCUCUCUCUCUCUCUCUCUCUCUCUCUCUCUCGUCCGUCUUCCAGCUGAAAAGCUUCCUGGGCUACGUGGACCGGAAAACCUCGGCUCAGUCCCUCACGGUUAUGUUGUAGUUUACUCGGACGAGGCUGUGUGCGUUUCGUGAGGUUUUUUUUUUUUUUUUUUGAUCCAGGAAAUGUUGGCAUGGCCGCCUCGGGAGCACAGAAGUGUCCGAAGAGUGAGAAGUUGGACGAGGCGCAGGCUUUGGCCAAGAGCUGCGCGGGGAGACCAGACUUCCUGCCUUGUGAUGGACUCUCCAUCUGCGCUACGCACAGCCACGGGAAGUGUUUCAAGCUGCACUGGUGCUGCCACUUGGGCUGGUGUCACUGCAAGUACGUGUACCAACCCAUGACCAAUGUGUGCCAGCUGCCUAGCACAACCGUGCCGCCUGUCGGCUCAGAGUACAGCAACACCAUCGACCUCUCCGUCUCUCUGGCUGAGCGCUUCCUGAAGCUCGCCCCCUGCUUCCGGUCCCCGCCUCACUUGGAGUCGCCCAAGUACUGCGUCAUCGCGGACCUCUUUGUGGACGACUACAUUGUCAAGCGCAUCAGCGGAAAGAUGUGCUACGUGCAGCGCCCCCCGCCCCCCUUACCAGAACCGCCUCAUCCUCCCACCCCUCCCCCACCUGCUCCAGCUACACCUCAGUUGCCCCAGAAUCCCGCUCAGCCUCGGCAACCAGUCAAGCCCUCGCUGCCGACCCAACACACACCCGCACCUGCUCCUGUGCAGCCAGUCCAGCAGGCGUACAGUGAACACAAACACCCCUCCCCUGUGGAUAAGAUAAAAGGCCCCAAAAUGGACCACUGCUCCUCUCCGUCCAGCUCCGAGGACUCCGGCAUCAACGCGCUGGGUCUGCACUACCUGGAGUCCUGCGAGGAGGAGAGCGAGGAAGAGGAGGACGACGAGUUGAGCACAGAUGGAAACUCCAGCCCCGGCAGCUUCUGGGAUCAAGACGAAUGUUCUGUGCUUUCUCCCUCCAAGUCUAUGAUAGAGAUCAUUGAAAAGAUCGAAACAACUGUGUAACUGUCAUGACAUCGACGUGGACACCAGCUGAGAGGGAGAGUCAUAUUAAUGAGAAUAACAGUCGAGGAUUUAUUAUACUUGGACCAGUUCGAAAACAAACCCUCCUCUUUAACGCUUCAGCAGGGCUUUACCAGGUUUGUUUGAAUUUGUUUUCCUGCAGGUGGCUGAGGACUGUACAUCUGCACCCGCACACAGCCUCCCCUCUGUCCACAUCCGCCGCAUGGAGUGAAUUUCUAGAACUUACUUAUUAUAAUAAAGGCGCAAAAGGAAGCACAAGAAUAUCAAGCACAUACACAGUGGACCAAAUAGACCCCUUGUACAUGGUAAUCAUGCGGUGAGAAAUCAGAAAAUACAAAAGAAUAUAUAGUAGGUGCACCUUCCUUCAGAGGAAAGUAGAAAAAGUGAAAUGUUUUUCUGAAAUUUCUCUUGAAAUUACUGGAGCUAAAUUCUGAACAGAGGUGGUAUAAGCAGUUUUCAUGACGAUAAUAAGCAGUUCAGUAAUUCUUAGUGUUCUGGCAGUCAGACUUUAUUCUGAUUCAACAUUCAAGUGGCAGAUGAGCGUGCCAUUUCUUUUUCUCUGGUCAGUGGUUCCACCCACACACGUUAGUAAUUCUGACACUUCAAUAUAAUAACCACAAGGCCAGCUACCUCUCAUGGGCCUAAAUCACAUCAGCCUUUUAACCCCUUAAUUACUAAGCUCCGAGCUGCUGGGACAACCCUGCUUUUUUGAAGUUGUUCAUAAAAAAAAUAAAUAGAUAAAAAAUUGUCGGCCCACAGUUUGUCUGCACUUUACUCACACCAACACAAGCAGUAGCUAGGUAGGUCAGUGUUCGACAAUCAAGGAUUACACGUUAGAAGCACAUUCCUUAUAAUGUACCUGCCAGUGAGGACCGAGGAUCCUCUUGUACCUUCUAAAACCAUUUAGCAGGCAUUAACACGUUGUUCUGACCACCUUUUUCUGGUCAAGCUGAACUGAACUGCAGCGCUGUUCAAGGUUAAAUGGGGCGUUAAGCGAAACAUGACUUGUAUUGACCUCUAUUAGCAGCCAAGAAAUUAAAUAGCAUAGACGUGUCUCCGGCACAGCUACAGUGACAACAGCAGGGAGUCACGCUGUCACAGCAGAGACUAGUCAGACACCUAUAGUGAGGAGGGAAUAUAUCUAAUAUAUACAUUUAAACUUAUGAAAUAAUGAAAAUGCAUUGUUAUUUGCUUUCUGGGCUUAAGAGUGAAAUGUCUUGUGAUGCCGGCUGAAAGAGGAUUCUGGGGAAGGUGUUCCGACUAGGUUAGACUUUAUGUCAGAGUUAUUUUGUGCUAUGGGGCAGGAAGAAUCACUUGAUGCACCUUUUAAAGAAGAUUACAGUAGGUAUGGAAUAGGAUGCUGAAUAGGUGUUUUGAUGUUGUGAUGGACAUAAUAUUAUAAGAAAUACACUCAAAUAUGAAACUAGCGCGAUAGCCCAUUAUUAGUCAGUUAGUAAAAUGAAGCCGGGCUGUUUUUUUUGUUUUUUGUUUUAUUUUUAUUUUCAAUAUUUAAAGAGUUAUUUCCUGGAGAGUUAUCUGCAAAAAUCACAAAAAUGUUCACAGAUAUGUAUUGCUACAAUGCUACAAGCACUAGAAUUUAAAGAAAAAGAAAAAAACUUUGCAUGACUGCAUUCAUUUGCAGAAGUCGCCCUGUCAGAAAUCAAUUUAAGAAAUUGCUGUUUCAGAGUGUUCAAAGAGCACAAAUCCUGUAUCUGUUCAAAUUCGAAUAAAAUGUUUUUUAUUCAGGGACAGCCCUUGGUAUUACACUGCACACAGUCCCUCUUAAUGCAGUUUAAAACCUGUCUUAUGUUCUUAUUAUUGUUAUAUUAUUUU